CGCAAGGUCUGGGCUCUCUUGGGUGGGCUCCGGGCCCCUGGGGGACCCUCCGAGGGGCUUUGUUGCCCGUUGGCUCGUUUCCAUGGCCCCUUUCACGCCGAGCCCGGCGGGACGGGAAUUAACCAGCUCAGUUAAAGAGCCAGCCCGUGGCGGGGGUUUCCUCGCCUUUGUCGUCCUUUAUCCAAAGGUCUUUCCAGAAGAAUUAAAGUCCAAAGUUCACAGGGCCGGAGGCAGCCCCGGUGGCGGCUGGGAGUGAGGAGGAGGAGGAAGAGGAGAGCCGGGAGUGUGCUGGGCAGUUCGCCCAGUACGCCGAGAUCGUGAACUUCACGCUGCCCAACGGCAGCACCCGCAGCGGGCAGGUGCUGGAGGUGAUGGGCUCCAAAGCCAUCGUCCAGGUGUUUGAGGGAACAUCUGGGAUCGACGCCAAGCAAACCUCCUGCGAGUUCACGGGGGACAUCCUGCGCACCCCCGUGUCCGAGGACAUGCUGGGUCGGGUGUUCAACGGCUCCGCCAAACCCAUCGACAGCGGCCCCGCGGUGAUGGCCGAGGACUUCCUGGACAUCAACGGCCAGCCCAUCAACCCCCACGGGCGCAUCUACCCCGAGGAGAUGAUCCAGACCGGGAUCUCGCCCAUCGACGUCAUGAACAGCAUCGCCCGCGGGCAGAAGAUCCCCAUCUUCUCUGCUGCCGGGCUGCCCCACAACGAGAUCGCGGCGCAGAUCUGUCGCCAGGCGGGGCUGGUGAAGAAGUCCAAGGAUGUGGUGGAUUACCACGAGGACAACUUCGCCAUCGUCUUCGCCGCCAUGGGGGUGAACAUGGAGACCGCCCGGUUCUUCAAGUCGGACUUUGAGGAGAACGGCUCCAUGGAGAACGUGUGCCUGUUCCUCAACCUGGCCAACGACCCCACGAUCGAGAGGAUCAUCACCCCCCGCCUGGCGCUCACCACGGCCGAGUUCCUGGCCUACCAGUGCGAGAAGCACGUGCUGGUGAUCCUGACCGACAUGAGCUCCUACGCCGAGGCCCUGCGGGAGGUGUCGGCAGCCAGGGAGGAGGUUCCGGGACGACGCGGCUUCCCGGGCUACAUGUACACGGACCUGGCCACCAUCUACGAGCGGGCGGGGCGGGUGGAGGGCAGGAACGGCUCCAUCACCCAGAUCCCCAUCCUCACCAUGCCCAACGACGACAUCACCCACCCCAUCCCCGACCUGACGGGUUUCAUCACCGAGGGGCAGAUCUACGUGGACCGGCAGCUCCACAACCGGCAGAUCUACCCCCCCAUCAACGUCCUGCCGUCCCUGUCCCGGCUGAUGAAAUCAGCCAUCGGGGAGGGAAUGACCAGGAAGGACCACGGGGAUGUCUCCAACCAGCUGUACGCCUGCUAUGCCAUCGGGAAGGACGUGCAGGCCAUGAAGGCGGUGGUGGGGGAGGAGGCUCUGUCUGCCGAUGACCUGCUGUACCUGGAGUUCCUGCACAAGUUCGAGAAGCAGUUCAUCUCCCAGGGCCCCUACGAGAACCGGAGCAUCUUCGAGUCCCUGGACCUGGGCUGGCAGCUCCUGCGCAUCUUCCCCAAGCAGCUGCUGAAGCGGAUCCCGGAGAACAUCCUGGCCGAGUUCUACCCCCGCGAGGCCAAGGAGCCCGGGCAGGGCCCGGCGGGCACGGCCCUGUGACCCCCCCCCGGAUCCCCCCGGAGC